UACUAGUUUAGUUUGACACCUAUAUGGAUUUAAUUCAGUAACAUUUUUUUAUUUAAUUUAACUGAAUAUAUUUGAUUAAAUAUGAAAUUAAAAAUCAAGCUAGAGUCCAAAAAUUUCAUCAAACCUAAGCAUUGGAUCAGAGCAUAUUGAAACUGGCCCAUUACAAGCCCACAUUUGGCCCAGAAAAAAGUAGCAACCCUUCUUCUUCACCAUGUAGGAUUGAGAAAGUCAAAGUCAAAGAUGGAGGAGGAGGAGCAGCAACAGCAGAAGACGAUACUGGAACAAGUGUUCGGCGAAUCUUCCUCCGAUUCCGAUUCCGAUUCCGGCGACAGCGAUCGAGAAUGGAAAUGCAUUGAGGAAGUGAAAGGCUUAUGGCUCUGCACACACUUCCUCUCAAUUCACCACCAAUCCCUCUUACUCUCCGCCAUCGAAUCCGAGAACUGGUUCUCCGACCACCACCCUGAAAUCAACCAAGCCAUGCGCUUCGGCCACCAAAACCUCCCACCAUGGGCCCAAACCCUCGCCCACUCCAUCCGCCGCUCCGCCCCAACCCAACCCACCACCACCACGUUCCCCUUCCAAAGAGAACCCUUGUUCGACCAGAUGAUCGUCAACGUCUACCACCCCGGCGAGGGCAUUGCUGCUCACGUCGACCUCUUGCGCUUCGACGACGGCAUCGCCAUCGUCUCCUUGGAAUCCUCCUGCGUCAUGCAUUUCUCGCCGGUACCGGAAUCGGAUGAACCGGGUUCGGGUCCGGAAUCGGUUCCGGUUUUGCUUUUGCCGGGUUCUCUGGUUCUGAUGUCAGGGGAAGCGAGGUAUCGGUGGAAGCACGAGAUUAAUCGCAGACCGGGUUUUCAAUCGUGGCAGGGCCAGGAAUUGAGCCAGACCAGACGCACCUCCAUUACGCUCAGGAAACUCUGCCCCUCUCAGUGAAUCUGGUUCUAUCAUAGAAUAAAAUCAGGGUUCUAUCAUUGGUAUCAUGACACCGAUUCAGGUGCCCUAACCUUGAAUCCUAUAGCAAAUAGCAUUUGAAGGAGAUGGCUGGAGAAUUCCUGAGGGUGAAUGCAUGGUACAGAAAGGAAAAAGAGUUGAUUAAAGCUCAAUUGAGAGAACUUGAUGAGAGAAGACAGAAGAAGAAACAAGAAAGGAGAGCGGCAGAGGCGUCACAGAGGGAAUCUGAGGCCGCAUCGGAGACAAAGCUAGCGGCAGCAGAAGCAAGUCAAGGGAAAUUGAAGGUCACAUUGAUGGCUGAGCAAGCAUUUGAAACAGAGGAAAAUUCAAGUCUUGUGAAGCAAGCAUGGAAGAUACUGGCUUUAGCGUUCGUAGGAAAAGAGGUCGGUCUAGGAAAUUGUUCGGAAGAGGAAGGAAAAAGAAGGCUUUUGCUGUUUUGGUUGCAGUGGUUCUGGUUUGCUGGAGGUGUUGGUGGUUUCCACUGCUAGAGAUAAUCCUCUAACUUUGCCGAAGGCUCAGGAAUCCUCUAGCGUUGUGACGAGAGCGAGACUUGCCUUCUUGAUGGGUAAGCGAUUGGACGAUGUGGGUGUUAAGGGCUUGGUAAAGCAAAUGCAAUCUAAUCGUCUAAGACUCUAAGUACCGCUGUUGUUCGUGCUUGUUCCUUGUCAAAUUGAAGGGGUGUUUGAGCAGUAUGAGGUUUGAGAUGAGUCUAUAAUAUUAAUUGGUGUUUGUUGCUGUCUGGUGGUUUCCUUCUCGUUUACAGAGUUGUUGAACCGUGAAGACAGAGUCAAUUUUGUUCAAUUUUUUGGAGUGUCUCCCGGCAGAAGCUGCAAUGUUGCUGAAAUGUUGGUGUUCUUGCAUUUGUCAGAUUUGGUGGAUCUUUGUUGAAUUGGCCAGUGUAGGGAAGGUUUGCCUAUUAAUCUCUGUCUCUAGGACCUCUCUUGGACUGGAAUUUCUUCUUUUCUUUGAAGUGUGAGGGAUUUUUUUCCCAUGACUGGCUUUGUCUAAUUGCCUAGAGGUUUGUCAUUAUCUGUAAGUAUUGGAAUUUGGAAGGAAUUAGAAUUUGUGUUGAUGGCUUCGUGAA